AGUAUUGGUUAAUACUCGAUUCGAGUUGCGUGCGGUGAGGAGAUCGGACCAGGAAGAAGGCUCCUCAGUCUACGUGUACUGACGCGGUCAGACUUGUAUAUAGACAGAAAGUAAAUGGUUUACUUUAAACUGGUGAGCCUAUACACCGUGUUAGCCAGCUGUCAGUCGGCGUAUUAACGAGACACACCCAUUUAUUCAGUUAACAUACUGAAUGACCCAGAUUCUGGAUUGGGAGGCCACCACGCAUGUAUAAGGAUACACACACACACACAGAGAGUCGGCGUGUACAUAGAUAUGUGUCGUAGUGCUACAAGUCAGCUGAUACAUGUGCCCAGUAGUAUCUAUAUUACAAUGUCAAAGCUGUCUUGUCCAGUGUCAACAGUUUAACAUGGUAAUUCCAUCGAAUCGGGAAUAUUUAUGACUCAAUGGUCGUUUGGUUUGAAAACAGAAAUGUGCUCAGCAACCCGCUCGGCAGGAUGUGAAACUAACAUCUUCCGAUCAAUGCCGUUUGGGAUAUAUAAUGUGUUCAAAUGUACGCUCAUGUCAUUGGUAUAGUAUCGGAAUUCUGCUGGUCACCUUUGCUUUAACCUGCUGUCCUGUGUCGUCACACGUGUCCCUUGUCGAAUUGUAUCCCUCUGGAGAAUUAAAUGGUGAUACGGCAAAUAAGCAGGAUGACGAUGGCGGAUCUGACAAAAUAUUUCUAACCGUGAAUUUCCCGUUCUACGGACAGGAUUAUACAUCGCUAUAUGUUAAUAAUAACGGCCUUUUGACAUUUGAAAAGGAGAAAAAGUCAUACAAACCUGAAAAAUUCCCUCUGAACGACAACACGUCCGUGAUAGCCAUAUUCUGGGCGGAUAUAGACACACAGCGAGAAGGGGGUAAUGUGACGUAUAGACAGACAACGGAUCCUCUUCUUCUAACCAGGGCAACAGAAGAAGUUCGGAAAUACUUUUUUUUGAGAAAGGAGUUUACGUGGAUGUUGAUUGCUACUUGGUUUGAGGUUGGAUUCUAUGGGGCCUCUAACACAGGAGAAUUACGGAAAAACACAUUCCAGUUGGUGCUAGCGACAAACGAGGAGGAAUCCUUUGCGUUUUAUUUGUACAAAAAACUCCAGUGGACAACAGGUUCCAACAGCCGUGGCAACUCUUCCACGGGGCUCGGAGGCAACCCAGCUCAGGUGGGUUUUAACUCUGAGGACGGAGUAAGCUACUUAAGUGUAGACGGAGCUCAGACCGACGCUGUCAUCAACCUCACUAGAACCAGUAACGUGGAUGUGCCGGGCACGUGGAUCUUUGGUGUGUCUGGCACCGAGAUAAGGGAUGUCCAGUGCAGCCACGAUGUGCAAAUUCAAAUUGUUCCAACUAACGGAAAUAUGUUGGGAGGCGAAGAAUUCAGAGUCACCGGACCGUGUUUCCAGUCGGAUUAUAACGUUACAGCACGCAUUGUGCAAACGAACUCAACAUUUCAGUGUGCAGUCAUUAACUUUUUGUCAGCUAAGUGUGUGCUGCCACCUAUAUUCAAAACAGGGGAGGUGACCCUGGAAUUAAAUCCGUACGGGAUCAGCUGGAAUUACUCUACAGUUCUUCAAAUAAAUAACGUAGCGUCGAUGGCGCCAAAAGUAGUGCGAAAACAAAUCAACCAGUGGAUCAUCGGCAAUAAGGUCAAGGUCGAUUGGAACUCCACUAGUCUGCCGUCCAGCCAGCAGUUGACGGUAGAACUGAUGGGAUACCAGUAUAACAAUGGUGACCCGAACUUUACUGCUGUAAAACCGUUGGAUAUCGAUGAAACAUUAGACUCAUUUAUAUUACCGGCUUCGCUGACGUCAUUCCAGGCCGCCGCUGUCCGUGUACGGGAGAAAUAUCCUGCUCCAGGGAGUGUACCGGUAGCUGUGUGGUCCGAUGUGUUUCCGGUCAGAGUCGGUGCCAACUGGUCCUCUUUAAUGUGUGCUACCUGGAACGCUACGGACAACCUCCUGCCCAGUAUUAGUAGCAGCAAUUUAUCGUGUCCGUGCAUUGCCAGGCAGGCGUUACGUGACACAGGGAGGUUCACAUUUGACCCUUUCUGUAGUUCAGACAAUUCUAACAGAUCAACCAAUUGUGUUUACAAACCUGGUGCUGUUCAGUGCUUUUUACGUAUUCAGAAAAGUGAAUCAAGUACCGGUGCUUCGUGCUGCUAUGAUGAAAGUGGUGAUUUGAUUGACAUUCGCGACAGUAAUGGAGGUGGGAGUUCUUUACGUUAUACUAUUCGAUCUCAGGGACACGACGCAGUGCCUUUCUUUUCUUUCUUUGAAGAGGAACUUCUUUCUUCCUUACAUUGCUGUCAGUAUUCUAAUGCUGUUGACAUGUGCCAAUUGUUUAAGGAGAAACGCCCACCCGUCACGUGUGAUCAAUAUGAUCCUCCCACUGCAGCCCAAGCGGUAGGUGAUCCACAUCUGACGACACUGGACGGACAAGACUUCACAUUCAAUGGCUUAGGUGAUUUCAUUUUAGUAGAAGACGACGCUUCCAGUGUAGUAGUUGAAGUCCGUACAGCGCAGGCGCAGGAUACGGAGGGUCACUACCAGAACGCAAGUAUUUUUUCGGGCGUUGCCAUGACGACAAAGGGAGUGUCUGACGUAAUUGAGGUGCAUCGUGACACCAAUACUGUGUCACAGAUCCUGGUCAACGGCCUUGUUGUCACUAACGACUUAUCUACCUCGGUUACACAGUUUAAAGGUCUGUCCGUUCAGAAGAUUCGGACUGAUGCCAAUACAGAUACUAUCUUGGUUGUGUUAGAGUCCUCGGGUCUGGCCGUGUCUAUGGACGUGACCUCUGACCUCAUUAAUGUCCUUGUCAUGGUGGGGGACGACGCCAUGAAAGGUCACCUUCGUGGUCUCCUUGGGAACUAUAAUGGGAACCCAAACGAUGACUUCAUUUCGCGGACAGGAGUACAUCUCAGUUCCGACAUAGACAUGGAACAGAUCCACUUCGAAUUUGGCCUGACCUGGGAAGUACCCGAAAACAAGACUCUAUUUUCAAAUGUUAUACCUCAAACCUCAGAUUUUGUACCAACGUUUAGUGACACAAACACGCUGCCGGUCCGGAACGGUACUGAGGAAAUGUGCGGGGAUAAUGUACAAUGUAAAUUUGAUUUUCAAGUCACUGGUAAUGAGGCUAUAGCCAGAAGCACCGCCAACUUUAUCGACAAAUUUAAUGUGCUGAAGAAAGAUUUAGUGAAGGUGAUUCGCUGUCCUUUCCUGGAUACACCGGAGAAUGGGAGGAGAAAUAUAACGGGUUACUUCCCGGGAGCGGACGCUACCUUCGAGUGUUUGUCAGGCUUUGUCAGUGUCGGUGGGGACCACAGACAGACGUGUAAGGAGGAUGGCACGUGGUCAGGUACCACCAUAGCAUGUGUACAACCAGUGCGACCGGAUGAUCGGGGCUAUUCACAAGAAAUCAUCCUCUACACUUUGGGUAGUUCUGGCAUUGUUGUUAUCAUCACCGUCAUCGUUAUAGGUAUCAUAUGUCAGUGUCGUCGACGAAAGCCGAAGGAGGCCGAUGUAGAGGAGGAUGCACCUCGUGUUGAUUUACAUGUCCUAUUAUCCCCAUCCGACAUUCCAAGACCAAUUUUUGAGAAUGAGGAGUUCUUGAAAAUGCUCGGACAGUUAAAUUCUGGAGACGGGUUUAAAAUUCCACGCCCAAGUUACGUCGAUCCGCAAUUAUUUGAUGAAUAUUUCUUCUAGUCAGGGAUGUUACGUGU